CCGCUGCAGGGCUGCCCGGAGCCAGAUCCCCGCCCCAGGGCUGCCCGGGCCGGAUCCCGCCGCAGCGCUCCCGGCCCCGCCCCGCCGAGCCCGGGCCUGCCCUGCCGUGCCGUGCCGUGCCGUGCCGAGCCGGGGGCGGGCCGGGGCGGGCGAGGACAGGGCGAGGGCAGCCCGGGUGUCCCGCCGGAAGGUGCCGGGCAGCGGCGGCAUGCGGAAGGUGCGGGACAGCGGCGGCGCGGCCCGGGCGCUCCUGCUCCUGCUCCUCGUGACUGUCUCAAUUAUUGAAACACAGUGCAAAAAUUCUACUGAAGCUCUAAUAACAUACCCUAGGAGGAUCAUUUCCAGGAGAGAAGUUAACUGCAACAAGGAUGAAUACCAGUUAGACACUCAGUGUUGCAAGAAAUGUAAAAGUGGUUUUGUUAAAAAUGUCUCCUGCCCAACAGAUAUUAUCAAACACUGUGUUCCAUGUGAGAAAGGAAAGGAAUUCAUGGAUCACCCCAACGACUUGGACAAGUGUAGGAGAUGCAGACUGUGUGACAGCACAUUUGGUUUGGAGGUUGUAAAGAACUGUACCCCAGAAGAGAACACACAGUGUGCCUGUGCAAAGAACUAUUAUUGCAGUUCUGCAAGAUGUGACCAUUGCCAUCCAUGUACCAUAUGUGAAAGUGGUGUGAUUGAAGAACAGUGUACUUCAUCUUCAGACACUGUAUGUGGAACAAAAGAACUCAGAAUGCUGUGGUUGGCCAUUGCUGUGGGAGUUCUGGUAGCACUGCUAGUGACAGCAAUUAUUGGAGUAAUGUGGUGGCGCAAGAGAAGACAGAACCAUCUUACAAUCAAUGGGCACCCAAAUAGUGUGGUUUACAAAUCAGAGCCCUGUGAGAAUGUACCUCUUAUAGACACAGAUGUGGACCUGAGCAGCCACGUUCCUGCUAUUGUGGAAGAGAUGACACUGAGAGAAGUCAAGACAUUUGUUCGUCACCACCAAGUAUCAGAGCCUGCCAUAGACCAAAGCAUCCAGGAUUGUCCUGGAGACACAUCUGAACAGAAGAUUAGGCUGUUUCGAGUCUGGUAUCAGAGCCAUGGGAUGAAGGGAGCCUAUGCAGCCCUGAUAAACAGCCUGAGAGAGUUAAAAAUGUGUGCUGCAGCUGAUAAAAUUGACAAGAAACUGAAGGCAGCUAUUUCCAGCUCUCAGGAAGGGGGAAAGUCUUGUAAUCCUGACACUGAGCAGAGCAGAACUGGCACUCAAGAGGGCAGAAACUCUUACAAUGAUAGUGCUGAGCUAAGUGAAGUCUGUACUGGUAGUUUGGAAGAGACCUAGCACAGAGUAAUUUGAAAAUUAUUUCUAAAUGAAUAUUUUUUUUAAUAUAAAUAACAAAUCUCCAAAAUGGAAUUUUCAUUGGCAGUUCUGAUUGAACUCAAGUAAGUUAUUAUGUGCAAAAAUAAUAAUUACAAAUUUUGUAGCAAUAUCCUUCCUUUAAAAGAAGUUUUAGCCCUUUUUGGUUAAGGACUGAAAGAAGUUUUAUGACUUGUUUACUAAAAGGUGCAAUAUGAGACUCUAGCUAUAGGAUUCAUUAAAAAAAGGGGAAAAGUUACAAUUAUUUGAAGAAAAGGCAUAGUUUAAAUGCAUAGUCUUGCAUUAUUUAAUCAAUGUAAGGUUUUACUUACAUUAAAAAUGCAGGAUGUUCCUUUUUUUUUGAAGGGAGAACUCUGGUGUUAUGAGUCUCAAAAGUAUACCAGGAAGAGUACUUGAAAAAAAAAAAAAAAGUUACCUGCCUUACACCUGAUGAAUUUGAAAUAGAGGUGUUGCUGUGUAGAUUCUAGUCUGCUGCAAAUACAAUUUCUAUCUUUCAUAAAGCAUUUCUGUGUGUAUAUGUGUGCAAGUUUUCUAUAUAAAAAGCUCCCUGUUCCAGGUAAAAAUUAUUAUCUCUGUUGUUCUCAGCAAUGUUUAUAAGCCUCUUUCAAUGUUAGAACCCUUCAAAGGAUUGGGAGCUGAAGGGUUAACAGCUCAACAGAGCCAUAAUUUCUGGAAGGCAUCCUUCAGAGUGUGUGAUGCUUUUUAAUGCAGAAACUGAUGCAAUGAAAGCAUUUUUUUUCAUUAAAAAGUGCAUAAUACA